UCGAUGCGCAAUGGGUAACGCUCGAGCAGACGCGCCAAUCGAACGCACGGCAACGGAUGCACAUCCCCAGCCUAGAGGUCCUCUACCAGACGCUCUCGAAGCAACAGGAAAUUCUGAACCGACAGCGCGAAAAACUCGGUUGCCUCAAGCACAAGCUCGGCCUGCGCGGUAGCAUCAAGGGACUGGAAGAGCAGCACCAGAAGGCGGUGUCCGGCAAACAGCAAACAAGGACACCGCUCGGCCUCAAUGGUGGUGGUGCAUUUGCGGAGGAUGACGGCGAUACGGCGAUUGAAUCGUUAACCGAUUCCAUCAUUUCGCUCUCGCUCAGCGAACAGGUGGCGGCCGAUGCGAAACGGUUAAGCGAAACGAAACUGAACGCCCUCCGGAAGGUGCUCACUGGCCGUAAGGUGGUGACGGUGAAACCGAAGCGUCCCGAUCGUGUCGGGCUUAGCUCGGAAGUGAUACGGGAGCACAUUAACGAGGUUCGAAGGAAUGUCAGUCUGGAAAAAUCCAAAGCACAACAGGCGGCAGCGAAUGCAGCAGCAACUAAAAAGGAAACCGAACAGAAGAAAGCCCAGCAACAGAAACAAUCCCAAAAACCACCACUACCAACUGCUGCUGCUGCUGCUGCUCCAGCGACAUCCGCUAAACCGUUCUCUUUUGAUGUACCGGCCCAACCGAAAGCAUCGGUCACUGGUGGAGCGUUUUCGUUCGGUCAGGUCACUGGUGCUACAGUGCCGGAAGCAAGAGUCGAAGCUCCCGUGGCUAAACCUACGAUCACUAGUGGCGGUACCAGCGUAACCAAUGGACCAGCAGCAAAGCCAGGGAAAGAAAAUAUUGAGAAAAAGGAGGAACCAGCGAAAACGAUCACUUCUUCGGGUAGCAGUAGUAGUUUGUUUAGCUUCGGAGCAAAUCAAAACGCACUGGCUGGGUCAAUCUUUAAGCCAUCAGCCGCGUCGUCGAACGAAGCAAGCGCUGGUGCGCCCGUCAAACCCGUCUUCUCCUUCGGUGGAUCCUCGGUAGCCAAUCAGCAGCAACCGGUGAUGUCGUUCGGAUCACUCCCGAAACCAUCAUUUUCUUUUGAUGCAGCGGCGAACACUGGUGCUGGCUCCGGUACCGCCAGUGGAAUUACGUUCGGUGCGCCCAAGGAACCAACUUCGGGAGCGCUAAACUUGGGUAAACCAAAGGCACCACCAGCGAAGAACGAUGAGAAUGUGCCACCGGUGGACUGUAAGGAUAUACCUUUGCCACCAUCCUUCGGCCCUGCUGAUGUUGCUACGGCCACUAAAACGGCCGCACCGCUGCCAGCACUCACCAGUCUGUUACAGAAGGUGGAUUCGCUGGAGGUAACGAAGGUAGCAACGUCAACCCCAUCGCAGCAGCAGCAGACGAAAUCCUCGGCAACGGCAGAGAUUGUUUCCAGUAGCAGCAGCAGUACCGCUGCCAGCGCUUCAUCACCAUCGUUAGUGCCAUCGAGCGGUGGUGGUCUGUUCGGUAGCAUCGGGGGAAGCAGUCUCUUUGGUGGUGCAGGUACCAGCACCGCUGGUGGCUUAUUUGGAUCGAUUAAAGCCACGAGUGAGACAACGACGGACCCAGCGAAACCCACAUCGGGUGGUGGACUCUUUUCUGGACUUACAUUCGGUGCCACUACUAUCACACCGGUGGCUUCCAGCACAGCGGUAUCAUCCGGUGGAUCACUCUUUGGAAGCGUCAAACCAGCAGCCACCAGUAGCACUGGAAGUUUAUCGUUUGGAGAGGGUUUCACUGCGGGCUUUGGUGGAUCAUCAAAACCAAAUGCUGCGGUCAACACCAGCACCGACGAGGCAAAGAAGCUAGAACCGAAAACGGAAUCAACCGUGUCCAGUAGUGCUACGGUCACUGUUAGUACCCAGCAAACCAGCACAGUUGCAUCGCCUACAUCCAUUGCUACAACUGCAACAACGACAGCUGGUGGUUUCUCGUCCUUUGGUUCAAUUCCCUUCGCUAAACCAUUGCCAACGAUUGCAGCCUCAUCCACCGCCGCCACGGCUACCAGUGAGACAACGACUUCCGAUGCUACCGCUGGUCUCUUCGGUUCCAUAAGCAUCUGCUCUCCGAAUGGGGCCAAAUCACCAUCAGCGACAGCAGGUGGUAACAUAUUCGGUUCCGCCUUCGGUGGUGGUACUCCAAAAGCCACGGAAACAUCAUCCUCGACUGCUUCCAGCAUCUUUGGUGGUGGUGUCUCGGGUGGAUCAAUCUUUGGUACAGCCACGAAACCAGCCAGUACCACCGGUAGUAGCAGCCUUUUCGGUUCUGUCGCUUCACCCAGCACGGCUUCGAGUGCACCGUCCGUUUUCGGUGGGACCAGCGGUACAACCACCUCGUCUCUCUUCGGUGGUAACACUACAGGAGGAGGAAGUUUCUUCGGAGCAGCAGCAGCCGCUGCUUCGUCCACCCCAACAACGGCAGCAGCAGCAACAGGAAGUGGUGGAUCAUUCUUCGGAGGAGGUAGUGCGAAUUCGAUCUUCGGUAGCACCACAACGACGAGCUCUCAGGCAGCAGCACCACUGGCAGCAGCAGCAGCAUCACCAGCUUCGGGAGGCAGUAUUUUUGGAGGUCUUGGUGCCAGUGGCACGACGGCAGGCAGCGGCAGUACAUCGACUGGACUCUUCGGGAGCGUCACCAGUGGCGGAAGCGGUGGAUCGAUCUUUGGCGGAUCCUCAGUGUUUGGUGCUUCGAAUGGUAACGCGACUGGCACGGCCGCCACCACUGGUGGCAACAUUUUCGGUAGCCCAGUCGCACCGGCAACAGCAGGUACGGGAGGUGGUGGUCUGUUUGGUUCGGCAGCAGCCCCAACGGCGGCAUCCCCGGGGAAUAUCCUUCCCUUCGGUAGCCCACAGCCAGCCGCAUCGCCUGCAUCGUCCACCACACAAUCCAUCUUUGGUGGAGGAACCGCCGGAGGAGCUUUCGGUGCUGCGGCGACAGCUAGUACCGGUGGACCAUUCAGCCAACCGGCUGCUGCAGCAGGUACGGUGAACGCGUUCUCUUCUCCCACCGGUGGAAAUGCAUCUGCCUUCAGCAAACCACCCGGGGGUUUCGGUGCCGCUCCGGUAGCAUUCGGUGGCACACCAACGUUUGGUGGUGCGCCGACGUUCGGCGGUGCACCGACGUUCGGUGGAGCACCAUCCUUCGGUAGCCCAAAGGGGGCUUUUGGUGGUGGUUCAGCAUUCGGUGCAGCGACGUCGGCUAGUACGGUUGGUGGUGUGAUCGGUGCUGGUGGUGGAAUGGCAGGAGCGGCGAUUGGAUCACCGACACAGUCCAACAAUCUGUUCGAACAACUGGGCUCCUCAUCGGCGGGCGUUUCAUUCGGUGGACUGGCCCAGCAACCGCUGGCCAAACCGAGCCAGUUCGGUGGAUCUUCAUUCUCCAGCUGGCGGUCCUAGAAAGGAAACCGGGGGAAGAUACAUUCUGUUCCAGUUGGCUAGUUUGUGUAUUUUAAAAGUUGAAUCAUUUAAACGAUCAAUAAACGUAAAUUUCUUAUGUGUAACUCACAGACGUAAUGGAA